CUGAACCUGAUCGCAACCUCGGCGACAUGAUCCAUGGCCCUCCCGCUUCUUGCGACGACGUCGCCGCUGUCAAGUCUCGUGUACAGUCCACCGUGCUGUCCUUGGAGGAGAAGUUGAACCAACUGCACGCACCGUGUUUGACGGACAUAGAGACUUCCGGCGACAGGCUGCGCAAGCGGGUGAAGUGUGACACUCAGACCCUCAAAGCGCACGUUGUAGCGCUCGAGAUACAAGCAGGCGAAUCCAUGGCCCAGUUCAACGACGACUUUCAGGAGAUCCAGGAUGCGUGCAAGGACAUCUGCACCAAAGCGCAGUCCGCCAUAGCCCACUUGAUGAAGCAUGCAGCUCAAGACACCCUUCUUUCCUCGACGAAGAGCGUGGAGGCACUCCGCAGGAGACAUUUCUCGAGUUGAUCCACAAGAGACACACAUCAACUGAACGUUCAGCGCAGCCGAGACUCUCCUGUUUUUUUUUUUUUUUACUUUUUUUCACUUUCUGGUUUCUUACUGACUUUCUGAUCUGCACCAGAGGUACAAUCCCAACCUCGGCUAUGAUCCAGGUCGUCGAGAGGUCGACCGAACACAUGUGAAAUUGGUCGCAUCCAAAACAUGCAAUUACAUGCUGCAUAUUAGCACCCAUUUGAAAAGUGAACAAUGCUGUCUGCGAUCCGUCCAAUCUCCGCCUGUGUUCGAUAAUCUCCAGCGUGGACCGACCUGAUAAAAUCAGGUCUGCACGUGUACCCCAUCAUACAGGAGACGUCAAACCCUCACACAUGUCCACAUGCCCAACACAACAGCUGUGCAUCCUCAAACCACAGCCUCUUGCGAAUAUGCUUCGAUCCCCCAGCAGAUAUUUGAAAUAAACCACAGUUGGACCGCAACAGCUGCUUCCAAGAUCCCACGGACGUAUACAACCCGCGGCUACUUUCCAGAACAGAGCAGAACAGAGCAGAGCAGAGAACGGCAGAGCCCCCUGCACGAUGCGACUGAAUUCACAUGCGCUCUGACUACACCACAUGUCCAAUGUAACCCAAACGAGUGUCUCAACUCGUCAUUUACCGACACACGCACAACGCAAACUGCUACAACAUGACGCACACAACCGUCAAUACCCGCUGCAGAGACCAAAGAAUCGGGCGCACAACCCACACAACGGUGUUACCCGCUCAAACUCGGGCUGCAUUUGCAGCCUCCAAUUCGGGUGCAAACCACGGCAUACAAAACAGCACCGCACCUACAAAA